CCAAAUGCGCCUGCGCGCUGCGACGCCAACGCGGACGCGGUGCGGACUCGCAGAUAGUGAAGGCGGGUCGACAUGGCAGAAUCGGGGAGCGGGCAGACCGGAGAUGUUCUGUGCCUGUUUGAUGUGGACGGGACUCUCACCGAAGCCCGGCAGAAAAUCAGUCAGCCAAUGGAUGAAUUUAUGCAGCGUUUAAGAAAAAAAGUGAAAGUUGGAGUUGUGAGCGGUUCUGAUGUCGAAAAGAUUAAAGAGCAACUCGGAGAGGAGGUUCUUUCAAAAGCUGAUUACGUGUUUGCUGAAAAUGGGUUAGUUGCAUAUAAAGCUGGCAAACUUCUGGCUGUACAGAACAUCCAGAACCAUAUUGGUGAGGAAAUACUUCAGAACUUAAUCAACUAUUCUUUGAAUUAUAUGGCCAAGAUUAAGUUGCCAAGAAAAAGAGGCACCUUUGUUGAAUUCCGUAAUGGAAUGCUGAACAUCAGUCCAAUUGGUAGAAGCUGCAGCCAAGAAGAACGUAUUGAAUUCUUUGAACUUGAUAAAAAAGAAAAAAUCAGAGAAAGAUUUGUGGCUGAUUUACAAAGAGAAUUUGCAGGGAAAGGGCUCACUUUUUCUAUAGGUGGGCAGAUCAGCUUUGACGUGUUUCCGGAUGGGUGGGAUAAGCGAUACUGUCUGGGAAUCCUCGAGAAAGAUAACUUAAAGACCAUCCACUUUUUUGGGGAUAAAACUUCACCAGGAGGGAACGAUUAUGAAAUCUACAUUGAUGCAAGGACUAUUGGUCAUUCUGUGACGUGCCCAGGAGACACUAGGAGGAUUUGUGAUGAACUGUUUUUCAACUCAAGUGCCAGUACUCAAUCAUAAAGUUGUGGAUGUUGGAAAUGCCAAAGACGACUCAUUUUCCAAUGUGAAGUAAAUACUUGAAUUAUAUCUACAAUGUCUAGCACUUGUAACUAUUUGUACAGUAAUCCUGCACAACAAAAAAUCACUACAUUUUGAUGGAACAAGAUCUGACUGUUAAUAGAAGAUUCUUUCAACGGACCUUUAAAGUAGAAUCUUGCAUAGAUAUUAAACUUAGAUUGACUGACUAAAAGCAAUUAGAAACUAUUUACUUUAUAACAUAGGCAGGGAAUUAAUGUAAUGAAUAAAUUAUUACACCCUGUCCAAAAUGACAUUUCCUUUUUACAGGGGGGAAAAAAAACAGCUAAAUUACAAAUCAGGACCAAAGUUGUCAACAAGAAUAACAAACACUGUUACUUGUAUCUCAACAUAGAAUUUAGUUUUUAGAUUUGCUUAGCAUAUGCGUGCUGGUCACAGGGAAGGAUGGUGUAUGCUGCAAGAAAUUCUACUGUAGUAGUUUUGAUCAUGCCCAAUGUUGAUAGACUUUAAUAACAAUCAUACAAAUCAUUGUUAUGCAGUGGUCAUUUAUCAUGAGUUUUUAAACUGAUGUUGACUGUUCUGUUGUUUCAUAAUUAAAUAUUUGGGACCACAGUUACUGGUUAAAAUCUUCUUUCAGGCUGAAUUGGUUUUUAGCUGUAAGAAUGGCUGUCAAUUUACAACUGUUCUACCUCCAGACAUGUGCAUGUGAAAUAGACUAAUAAAAACUGUAUCCAACCUUUUUCAUUCCAUACGAUGUAAAAGCAAUAUCUUCAUCACUAUAUAAAUUUUAAUGGAAACAGCUAGUCAUAAAUUCAACAUAUGACGUUGUGUCAUGUGACACUGGUUUAUGUCAUGACUGUAAUGAGAAAGAUCUAUAAUAGAUUUAAUUAGUUUGCAAGUUUGAUUCUGUAAACUAUGACAUUUAAUUCUGUGCACUUCAAGGCUUUAAUUUCCAAAAAAAAUAUUUAAAAUAUCAUGUAGCUUAUAUUCCAAGAAAAAUUGACUGUAGUCAUGUAGUUUAGAAAAGUUGCUCAAGGAGAAAAGCAUAACCAAAAUGUAUACAUGAAAUAAUGUCCUUUCUUUAUAAACCUUUAAUCUGCUGCACUAUGGAUUGCAGUUCUUUACAUGUAAUGUUUCAGUUAAUCAUUUAGAUAUCAAAGAUGUUGCUAAAGCUCCCAUUCAAAGCCAUGGCUUCACCUCACUCUUUUUUACAAGCGCAUUUGAUUUUUUGAAGUUGUGAACUUGGCCAGUAAACGUGGUGCAUUUUGGCAGCUCCACUGAGCCACUAGAUAAUGGAGUGAUCAUUCAGGCUGGAGAGUAGAUUGCCAGUGAGUAGGUUAGAUUGCCCUAGACUGUGUUGGGAAUUCAAUGUUAGAAUCAUGGAGCCACAGCAGAGAAACAGGCCCUUUGGCCCAUAUAGUCCAUGCCAAACUAUUAAUCUGCCUAAAUCCCACUGAUCUGCACCUAGCCCAUAGAUCUCCAUAUUCCCCUCUCAUCCACAUACCUAUCCUAACUUCUCUUAAGUGUUACAAUUGAACCUGCAUCUACCACUUCUGGCAGCUUGUGCCACACUCUCAACACCCUCUGAGUGAAGAAGUUCCUUUUAAAAUAUUUCACCUUUCACCCUUAACUAUGACAUCUAGUUCUAGUCUGACCUGACCUCAGUGACAAAAGCCACUUGCAUUUAGCCUAUCUAUACCCCUCAUAAACUUGAACAAACCUCCUUUCACUCUCCUGUGAUCCAGGAAAUAAAGUCCUAACUAUUCAAUCUUUCCCUAUAGCUCAAGUUCCAACAACAUCCUUAAGUUUUCUCUGCACUCUUUCAAUCUCUGAAGACAUGUUCUUCAGCCAAAAUGUUUGAUCUCCAACAACCAUCAUUUACUUUUUUUCUGAGGUUUAUGCCAGCUGCUUGAAUUAUCUGUUUUACAUGUACAAUCUGAAAAUAAGUAGUAACCAAAAUAGCAUAGCUUAUCUGCCCAACAUCUUAUUCUGUCCUUUGUUUUAAUAAGAUACAGCUGGAAGAAUGUCUUACCUCUCUUACCAGUAGCAUGGAGGAAUUUGAAGUAUCUGGAAAAGUGAGCAGACCUGAAAUUUGCAACCAGCCAUAAGGAAAAUAUUGAUUUUGUAUCAAAAGUUCAAUUCAGUUUCUGUAUUAAAUAGUGAAACAUUUUGAAACAAGGAUUCAAUUCUCAUUUCAAGCAUUAUCCUUCAACUUCAGAAAAUUCUGAAAUGUGAUAUCAUUCACAUCAACAAUAUUUGUAUUCAUUAGUUGCACAUAAAAUUUGCACUUGAAUUUUUCCUUCGAGAGAAAGUCCUCGUGAUGACAAGACCAAUUACAAUUAAGAUAAACAACUGAAGAGAAUGCAUAUUCCCUCAAGGUGGUUAAUCUUCUAUCCCGCUUUUCUUGCCUUGUCACUGUACAUCUCUCCCCAUUGACAUAUAACAAACCCUCUACAGUGCAGCACCUGUUCUAAAAUUGUCCAUCAUAUUAGAUGUCAAUGAUUUAGGUUUUUCCAUCAAGAUUUAUAACCCAUCACUGAGCUUGGAAAAACUGUCCACAAAUCUCCAGCUUCAGUAUUCUUAUGUGACUUUAAAUAUGUUAAAAAAAAUGAGGCCACACUUGAAAUGUUGUACUAAACAGGCUAUUACACACACACACACACACACACACACAGAGUGAGGAUUAGUUUGGGUAGAUAUCCACUCUUUCCCCUUUGGUAGGAGUGUGUAAAAUGAGAAGGCACGGGUAUAAAGUGAGAGGGGAGAGAUCUGAGGAUAUAUUUUUCACACAAAGAGUUGGUACUUAGAAUGAACUGUCAGAGGGGGUAGUAGAAAAAGAAACAAUAACAUUCAAGGCAUCUUUGUAGUUGUUUGAGUAAAACCGAGUGAAACUAUAUAAAUAGACAUGAUAGUUGGCACAGGCUCAGUGGGGAACUCGGUGGCUUCCAUUAGCAAGUAGCAGGGUAAUUGGCAACUCAAAAUUGGAAGGAAUCUCAAACAUUAUAGCAGGGAGCUGAAAGCAUUAAAUAGUAUUUAAACACCCUUUGGAGAAAAAAAAUAAUUCAAUUGUCACAUUUGGCUAAUUUUACCCUAUAUGUGUUAAAAAAAAAUGAAAUAACCUACAGAACUAAACUACUUUUCUGAGUGAAUACCAUUAUUGGAGUGGAAGAAUUUUAUAUAAUAAUAAAUAACAAUAAA